CGUCUUGGCCGCCAAGACAUGAAGCCGUGGCCGGGAGCUUGUCGGCUCAACGGCUCCAGCGCCACCUGAAGAAGCAAGCGGGCCCGUGGCGUGGGGCGUGGGUUGCCGCCACGUGUUCCGCCGCUGCCGCUGCUCUGCACGUAACGGUUUUGUGCGCCGCCCCGCGCUGGGACUCGUGCGAGUACGACGUCUUGGCGCCCCGCAACGCCCAAGCGCCUCCGCCGCUCCGCGCCAACCCCCGGCGCGGGUGGGCGCACUCCCCACCGCCACCGCCCCGCAGCGGCGGGAAAAGGCCCCAGGCAAGACGCCGCACGCCUGCCCUCGGCAACUGGGUGGGGGGUGGGAAGACGCACGCGGGAAGGACUGUGGAAAGGCAAGAGGCAGGGGAGGGAGGCACGCGGUGGCAAUCAGAAAGGCGCCCGUCGCGGUCGGAACGAGAAACAAAAAAAAGGGCGCAGAGGCCCGCUCUCAGCACACGCAACUUUUCGUCGCCGCGUUAUUUCGGUAUUAUGCUUUAA